AAAGAAAGAAAGAAAAAAAAAACAUACAAGUCAUAUUCCAAAAUCUUUUGACACCGGAGCUUUUUUUAUUUUUAAUUUAAUUAGUGGAAGAUAAAUACUCGGUCAAUAUAAAAAAUUCGAGAUACAGGGUAACAAACAAAAACAGAGCUCCAAAUCUGGGCCAUGGAUACCCUUCGGUUGCUCUUGAUUAUAUCUAUCAUCAUCUCCUCAUCUUCAUCUUUCUCUCCUGCUGCCGCCGCCGGUAGCAGCGGCGACAAAGUGACGCUCGCUCUCUAUUACGAAACUCUAUGUCCGUACUGUUCCAACCUCAUCGUCAACUACCUGUACAAGCUCUUCGAUUCCGACCUCAUUUCCAUCACCGAUCUAAAGCUCAUCCCUUACGGAAACGCCAAAAUCAAACCUAAUUCGACCAUCACUUGUCAGCAUGGCCCGUGGGAGUGCAUACUGAAUACUGUCGAGGCUUGUGCUAUUGAUGUUUGGCCUGAUGUGAAGGAUCACUUUCCAUUUAUUUAUUGUGUGGAGAGUCUCGUAUAUGAGAACAACUAUACCUACUGGGAAACUUGUUUCGAGAAAUUGGGUUUGGAUGCGUCUUCUGUGACUCAUUGUUUGAAUAGUGAGCGUGGAACAGAGCUUGAGCUAGGAUAUGCAGCUGAAACAAAUGCACUUCAACCACCUCACACAUAUGUACCAUGGGUGGUUGUGGAUGGACAACCACUAUAUGAUGACUAUCGAGAGUUUGUAAGCUAUAUCUGUAAAGCAUAUAAAGGAACGGCCAAGCCGUCUGCGUGCACCGAGCCCUCAGUUGGACAAAGUCGAAAAGCAAAAAUGAAUUUGAUCAAUGUUCUGUAUGGGGAGAAGACAUACAACUCAAAACUGUUUCAGUCAGUUCAGAAUAUACUUUCAUGGCUAAACAACAAGAAAGUAGCUUCCGUGUGACUGCUGCUCUUCCAUGAUCCAUAGGUUGUCUUUAUCGUAAUAUGAAGUUCAUAUGCUCAUACAUUAAAAAUUUGGAGGUAUUGUUGUACCUUUGUGUAAUAUUAUUUUGCUUUUAAAAUGACCUGCCAACUGUGGUAGAGGCUUUUAUGACACGGUGGUCUUUCAUGGCAAACUGAAUCUGCAAGCAGUUCAUUGAGCCUUCUCGGCUAGGCUUAGUUGCUUUAUUCAAGGUAGGCCUCAUGUAUGCAUUAUACAUAUUUAGCAUAUUAAUAUAGGACAUAAGUUGAAACAUUUGAGAUACAAGAUCCUUUAGCGAACAUGUUCUGUAGACAUAUAUCUUUUAAUAACUACCCUAAAUUUUGUGUUACAUGCG